AUGCCUCCAAAAGCGCAAACCACGACGAGGACUUCGAGACUGACAAAAGAUGCUGGAGUGAAGAAACCAAUCGCGCCAUUGAAGGCAAAGGCGGCGCCUAACAAGGCGAUUCCAAAGGCAAAGAAAGAUGAUGAGAAGAAGGCGGAAAACCCAGUUGUGGAAGAAAAAGAGUCCAUUGAACCCGCAGAAAAACCCGCAGAAAAGCCAAAACCAAAUAUCAGCAGAAAGCGCGCGAACUCAGCUACAGAGGAGGUCGCAAGGCCUGUGAAGAAAGCGAAAUCGGAAGCUUCAAUCAACACAGCUCCCACCCAGAAACUCGAUGUUUACGUGUUCGGAUCUGGGGAUUCGGCAGAACUUGGACUUGGAGACGCGAAAAACGUUAAGCGCCCUAGACUCAAUAAGUUUCUUGAUGCUGCGACUGUCGGGGUUGUUCAAAUCGCGGUGGGAGGAAUGCACUGUGUCGCUUUGACGCACGACCAGAAGAUCUUGACUUGGGGUGUAAACGAUAACUACGCGCUCGGAAGAGAUACUACUUGGGAAGCGCCAACUAAGGAUGUGGACGCGGAUGACAGCGAUGAGGAAGAAGAGAGCGAUCUCAACCCUAACGAGAGUAAACCUACCGCUAUUCCUACGGAGGCUUUCGAAUCCGGCACACGCUUUGCUCAGGUCGCGGCUACGAACAGUGCUAGUUUUGCGCUCACCACAGAUGGACAUGUGUAUGGAUGGGGUACUUUUAUGGGUAAUGAUGGUAUCUUUGGCUUUUUCAAGAAAGAUGGAGAGAAGCAGCCAAAGAAAGAGAGAGGACAAUCUACACCUGCCCUCAUCCCAGAAUUGAAGAAUAUUAAGAGUUUAGCUGCUGGAGGCGAUCACAUUUUAGCCCUCGACCACAAAGGCAACAUCUGGGCAUGGGGAGCUGGAGAACAAGGGCAAUUGGGCCACCGCGUCGCAGAGCGUCGACGUCUCGAGUACCUCGUGCCAAAUUUGGUGGGUCUUCCCAAGAACAAGAUGACCUAUGUCGCCUCCGGUUCCUACAACGGAUUCGCUAUCGACAAUAAGGGCAAAGUCUGGACUUGGGGUUUGAACAACUACGGGCAAGCAGGUGUUACAAGCGGCGCAGGCACAGAUAAUGCCCUAGUCCAAAGGCCAAGCAAGAUUAAAAGUCUUGAAGGGUAUGCUAUCAAGGGCAUUGAAGGUGGAAGUCAUCACUCUAUCGCAUUCACAGAGGACGGAACCACACUAGUCUGGGGACGAUGCGACGAUGGACAGAGCGGAAUUGAUUUGGACAAGAUUCCAGAAGACGAUAUCAUUUUCGACGCUAGGGAAAAGCCUCGAAUCCUUGUGAAGCCAACUGCGGUCCCUGGAAUCAAAUCCGUCGCCGUCGCAGCUGGUAUCGACAACUGUAUUGCUGUUACGAUGGAAGGUCAAGCAUACUCCUGGGGUUUUUCUGAGAGUUACAGAACUGGACAGGGUACCACGGAUUCUAUCAAAGAGGCGACCUUGAUCGAUAACACUGCUACGAGAGGAAAGAAGCUUACCUUUGCGGGUUGUGGAGGACAGUUCAGUGUUCUCGCUGGGCCGAUGUCGACUUGA